AUGUUUGACACCACUGUUAUGAUGGAAGAAAACGACUCGACGUACUUGUUGGCAAAAUCUGAUAAGAGCAACGCGUUGAGGGUGGUGGAAGAGGAUGGUCCAGGCACCGUCUUGGGACUGUUGAUCGUGGAUCUUCCUAGCAUGGGUGGGGAAAGCAAGGCAGAGGCCGCGCGGCGGCAGAUGGAGGCAGCGCUUGCUGACGAGUCAGCGAUGGACCGGUUGAGGGCCGAGUUGAGGCAUGACGAUGAGAUUCAGAGGAAGCAAGCGGAGCCAGAAGAAGAGGAUCUAGAGAUGAAAAGAUCAGACUAUGAAGCAUGGGUGGCUAGGGAGUAUUGCAGGCGGUGGAUCGCUGUAUAUUCCGCUAACUUCAGCUCAUUCGAUGACACCACAAGGCUCGGCCCCAUGCGUUUCACAGAUGAGCCUGCACCGGGUUACAGUGCCUCCCCCCAUGGGCACCCUACAGGUCUUUUCAGUCAAAGUUGCAAGAAUGAAGAGGAGCCUACAGUGGCCAGUUGA